AUGAGCACCCAAGGAAUGAAUGUAAACGUACCUCAGAUGGCACAGGACGCUGUAUUAAUGCGUUCAGAGGAUUUAGAAGGCAAGAAUGUACGUGUACGUGGGUAUGAAUUCAAUCAAGGCAUUGAUUAUGAAAAGAUUAUGCAAUCCUACGUUACAAUGGGAUAUCAAGGCACGAAUCUAGGCAAAGCGAUUGACGAAAUUAAACGUAUGCGCAAAUGGCGUUUAAAUGAUGAUCCAAUCGCUCCAGAUGAACAUGAUGAAGAGCGUAAGGAUCCAGUAUAUCGUGCAAGUAUCAAGACCAAGAUCUUUUUAGGUUAUACGUCGAAUCUAAUCUCAAGUGGUUUACGUGAGUCACUGCGUUUCUUAACGCAACACAAGAUGGUUGACGUUAUUGUAUCAUCUGCUGGUGGGAUUGAAGAGGAUUUGAUCAAGUGUUUAGCACCGACAUAUAUUGGAGAGUUUUCACUUCAAGGUGAUACGUUACGUCGUCGUGGGAUCAAUCGUAUUGGCAAUUUACUAGUGCCGAAUGACAAUUAUUGUAAGUUUGAAGACUGGAUUGAUCCGAUCUUGGACAAGAUGUUAGAAGAACAAAAGACACAGGGGAUUAUCUGGUCUCCAUCGACGAUGAUACAUCGCUUUGGGAAAGAGAUUAACAAUGAAGACUCGGUCUACUACUGGGCAUACAAGAACAACAUCCCAGUCUUUUGUCCAGCGCUUACGGAUGGAUCCAUUGGCGAUAUGAUUUACUUCCAUUCGUAUCGAAAUGAAGGACUUGUAGUAGAUAUUGCGAGUGAUAUUCGUCGUAUCAAUGAUCACGCGAUUCGUGCACCAGGCAAAACUGGUGUUAUCAUCUUAGGUGGAGGUAUGGUCAAGCACCAUAUCUUGAACGCCAAUCUCAUGCGUAAUGGUGCUAACUAUGGCGUGUUUGUGAACACGGGCCAAGAGUUUGAUGGUAGUGAUGCUGGUGCACAUCCUGAUGAGGCAAUCUCGUGGGGCAAGCUGCGGCUAGAAUCAAAGCCUGUGAAGCUCUAUGCAGAUGCAACGCUGGUAUUUCCGCUUAUUGUAGCAGAGACUUUUGCCAAGGACUUUCACGCUGAGAGGAAGCAAGAGGAACCACCUGCAGCUGAGGGAAAAUAG